AUGUCGUGGUAUAUAAGUGAAUCGGCGUUAAUUUAUUUAGAUAACAAUGCAACAACGCCGAUCGAUAGUCGAGUUAAGGAAAUUAUUAUCGAAACGUUGAAUUAUUGGGCAAAUCCAUCUUCGAAUUAUUUAAUUGGCAAAAAUGCGAAGGAAAAAAUUGAAUUUGCCAGAAAUCAAGUCGCACAUAUGCUUAAAGUAUCGCAACAAUCAGUAUUUUUUACUUCUUCAGCUUCUGAAGCGAAUAAUUGGGUCAUUGAAAGUUCAUUAAGAUAUUUUGAAACGAUUCAUGGAAAAGAUAAAAAAGCGCGCAUAAUCACUUCAGCCAUCGAACAUCCAUCCAUUUUAAAAAAAUUGGAAGAUUUAAAAGAAAUUGGGAAAAUUGAUUUAACAAUAAUUGGAAUUGAUUUUGAAAGUGGUAUUGUAAAACUUGAUGAAAUAGAUAAAACAUUAUGUAAAAAUACUUGCUUGGUGACCAUUAUGUUAGCAAAUAACGAAACGGGAGUUAUUCAACCUCUUGCCAGAAUUUCUGAUCUUAUAAGGAAAUUCAAUAAUCGUUGCAAUAGUAAAAUUUUAAUACAUUCUGAUGUGACACAAGCAAUUGGUAAAAUGAAAGUUGAAUUAAAUGACUUGAAGGUAGAUUUUAUUUCAUUAAGUGGACACAAAUUUUAUGGACCAAGAUGUGGUGCACUUGUUCUUCGCUCAGAAAACACUACACCUUUAUUUGCUUUUUUACAUGGCGGUGGACAAGAACGCGGAAUGAGAGGAGGCACUGAAAAUACGCCAAUGAUUGCUGGACUAGGGAAGGCUUGUGAGAUUGUUUCUAAUGAUUUUCAAUUAUUUGAAAAAAAAUAUCGUGAAGUUAGAGAUUGGUUCGAAAAAAAACUCAAGGAAACAUUUGCUGAUAAGGUAAUAAUUCAUUUCGAAAAAUCAAAAAGGUUGCCAAAUACAAGCAGCGUUGCAUUUUCUACAUAUAAUGGCACGGCAACAGAUUUGCUUUCUAAAUGUAAAUCAUUUGUCGCUAGUACGCAAUCUAGCUGUCAUUCUUAUUCGCAACGGAGUUCACCAAUUUUAAGCGCUUGCGGAAUAAAUGAGGAACUCGCCAGUCGUACUGUACGUUUCAGUUUUGGACGAGAUUCAUCUAUAGAAGAUGCUGAAAAGGUGCUCAAUGAACUAAAAUCAAUUAUAUUUUUCAGUAAAUUUGGGAGUUCUUUACUUAAUGCAAUCGGCAAGGGACCUUUGCCAGGCUUUUAA